AUGUCCAGCGACGUCUUUAGCUCCCUCAAGCGCAGGAUGACCCGCAAACGCUCCCCCGCCUCGUCGAUCUCGAGCAUGUCCUCCGUGACGGACUCUGGCUCGAUCAUGCACAUCAGCCCGCCGAUCACGCCGCCGAUCACCCCCCCCCACUUCGGCGACGACAUCGACCUCACCAUCGACAUGUCGCGCUUCGCGCCUCUCCGCCCCGCUCCCAGCCCACCGACACAGGUGCCGGCUCACAGCCGCGUAACGCACACACCGCCGGCGCAGCCGCCGCGCUCCCCCCGCUCCCCCGACUUCUACGCUACCCUGCGCCCGGCGCCCUCGCCGCCCCGGAGUAGUGUGGAGAGCUACAAGACCCGGCGGAGCGACGAGAGCGACAGCGCGCGCUGGCGCACACAAAUGGUGGACGUCGCCAUGUCCUAUGCCUCGCUCACAUCCGCCAACCCCCGCGACUUCACCGCCACCACCACCGCCCAGGCGCACCACAACGUCGUGCUCCGCCGCCUCUCGGACCCAUCCACCACCGAGCUCGAGGCCCUCGCCAUCCUCCGCGGAUACAUCGACCAGGUGCACUCCAGCAGCCGCGGGCACCGCGCCUCGUUCACCGCCGACUUCUCUUAG